AUGUCGAAAGAGACAGAUGGUAAUGAUAAUUCAAUUUUUAAUUGGCUUGGAAAUUGUUGGGAUACUUUUUGUUUACGAUCGAGAAAAGUUUCAUCCGAACAUUUAGAUUCUAGAUUGAUUGAUAACAACAAUAAAAGUACUCGUUUUGUAUCUCAAGCUGGCAAACAAAUAGUUACACGUGAUUCAAAUUUUGAUGGUCUCCUUCAUGAUCCAAUUGAAGAAAAUAUAACUUCAAUUCUUCAUGCAAAUGAAAAUGCAAUAUCAUGGGAAGAUUAUAAAGAAUUAAUGCGUAUAACAAGUCCAUUCCAUAUAACAGUAGAAAUACUUGCUCAGGUUAUGACAGCUAUGGAAAAACAUUGUCAAAUGGGUCUUGAAUCAAGUACAAACAAUAGUAGUGAUCUGAAAAUGUUACCAACAUACGUAACAAAUUUACCAACAAAAAAAGAGCAAGGUGAAAUAUUAGCACUUGAUCUUGGUGGUACAAAUUUUCGAACAUUAUUAGUCAAACUUAAUCCAAAUACUGAACCUGAAGUUAUUUCUGAAGCACAUAUUGUACCAGAUUCAAAGAAAAUUCUUGCAAAUGAUUUAUUUGAAUUUAUUGUUGAUGUAUUAAAACAAUUUAUGAUACGAAAUAAACUUGAUUUAGAUCAAGAAUAUGUACUUGGUUUUACAUUUAGUUUUGCUUGUGAACAAAUUGCCUUAAAUAAAGGAAAAUUUUUAACACCAUCAAAAGGAUGGACUUUAUCAGAUUUAAUUGGACAAGAUGUUGUAGAAAAAUUACAAAGAAUUAUAUAUCAAAAACAAUUAAAAGUUAAAAUAACUGCAUUAAUUAAUGAUACAGUUGGUACUGGUACAAAUGCCUGUUAUUUUGAAGAUAUCAAUAAAAUUCAUAAUAUAUCAGAUCGAUCAGUUCUACCAUCAGAAGCAACAGAAAUGAUUAUUAAUACCGAAUGGGGUGCUCUCGGCGAAGGCGGUUGUCUUGAUAUGUUAAUUACAGAUUUUGAUAGAGAAAUUGAUAAAAUGUCAAAUAAUCCAGGCAUACAUAUAUUUGAAAAACUCAUAUCAGGAAUGUAUAUGGGUCGUUUAGCUGCUGAAGUAUUAGCUACUCUUAUUAAUCAAGGUAUUAUUUUAAAAAUUCAACGUGAUCAUAAACAAUCUUAUCGAUAUUAUUCACCAUUUCAUGCACUUUAUAUGUUACAAACAAAUCAUAUAUCAGAAAUUGAACUCGAUACUGGUCGUACAUUUGCUAAUACACGAAAUGUUUUGAAAAAAUUAGGUUUAGAUUAUGCAACAAAUGCUGAUUGUGCUAUUAUAUCAUAUACAUGUCGACUAAUUUCAAGGCGAGCAGCUAUGCUUACUGCAGCAGCCAUGGCUGUCUUAAUGAAACGACUACAUGAAAAUAGAAAAACUGAAAUGAAAAAAAUUUGUAUCGGUAUUGAUGGUAGUCUCUAUCGUUUUCAUCCUCGUUUUAAUAUGGUUAUUCAACGUCAUCUUAAAAUUCUUGCUCCAGUUUUACUUAAUUAUGAAUUACGUAUUAGUGCUGAUGGUAUAGAAAUAAUACUUUUAAACUAUUCAUGUAAUCAGUAUUAUUUAGGUUCUGGAAUUGGUGCAGCUAUAUGUGCUAUAACAGCGAAUGAUGCACGUAAAGCUCUUCAAAAAGGUGAAAUUCAAAAGUCACCUUUUUAUCAACAACAUACAAGAAUUUCGUAA